AUGGUGAGACAGUGGAUAGCGCUAGUGGUUUUUGUCCAUUUAGCGAGUGGCAACAAUGACAUCUCUGUGAAGGAUCUCACGCCGUCAGUCUACGAACCCUCAUGGACAUACAAAUGCGUCCCAGACGAGGGCUGUCAGCGGUCGCAGUCACCAGAACCAACAGCAAACUACACAGGCACGGUUUACGAGAGUCUAGAUCUCUGUCGGACUGUGUGCGGGCGAUUCGGAGGGAUCUGGCCACGACCCGUCACUGCAGCUCUUAGUUCGCAGACUGUGAGGAUCCAUCCGAAUUAUUUAAGGUUCGAUCUCAUAGACGCUCCGGUUGAAACUCGUGAAAUCCUGGCUAAGAUGACCCAAGUGGCAACUUCUAACUUGAUGGAUGAGUGCAACGGAAACGUCACUGAUAUAGUGGAAACGCCAGUGAUCGUCUUCAUCACCAUCAAGACACCAAACCUCGAACAGACAUGGAGUACAGACGAAUCGUACAUGUUGGACGUUCAAAACAAAGAAGUGAACGUAGCGGUUCAUAUAGUUGCUGAAACAGUCUAUGGUGCAAGACACGCUCUCGAAACAUUCACACAACUGGUGACAGCUGAUAAACCUGACUACACAGACCAAUAUAGAUGCGGUCUAAGAUUGAUCUCAGGAGCUAAGAUAAGGGACAAACCUGUUUAUCCUCACAGAGGGUUCCUUUUGGAUACUUCAAGGAACUUUAUACCGCUUGAGGAUAUAAAGCGAAUGCUGGAUGGAAUGGCUGCGACGAAGAUGAACGUGUUUCACUGGCACGUUACUGAUACUCACAGCUUUCCGUUGGAGUCUGUAAGGGUGCCGCAAUUUACCAGAUACGGCGCCUACUCCGCUUACGAAAUAUAUACGACGGAAGAAGUCCGCGAGCUGAUCAACUACGCCCGUGUUCGUGGAAUUAGAGUUGUGAUCGAAAUUGAUUCGCCGGCGCACGCUGGGAACGGCUGGCAAUGGGGGAAGGAGUAUGGCUUUGGAGAUCUAGCAGUUUGCACGAAUGAAAAGCAGUGGCGAUCGUUCUGCAUUCAGCCACCGUGUGGUCAACUGAAUCCUGCGAACCCGAAUAUGUACAAAGUUCUGCGAGAUCUAUACAAGGAUAUCGCUGAAAUGCUGAGUCAGCCAGCUCUCUUCCAUAUGGGAGGGGACGAGGUCUUCGUCGAAUGUUGGAACUCGACGCAAGACAUAACAACCUACAUGGAAAGCAAGGGUUACGAGAGGAACACAGAGGGUUUCAUAAAGCUGUGGGCUGAAUUCCAUUCAACAGCAUUACAAAUUUGGGACGAGGAACUGACAGCGAUGGGUCAGUCAGAGCAGCCGGUGAUGCUGUGGUCAUCUGAAUUGACACAAGCGCAUCGGAUAUCGAAGUACUUGAAUAAGGACAGAUACGUAAUAGAAGUAUGGGAACCUGUAUCCAGUCCCUUGCUAUCACAACUCCUGCGCCUCGGAUUCAGAACGGUAUCAGUGCCUAAGGACAUUUGGUACUUAGACCACGGUUUCUGGGGCAUAACUAAAUACUCCAAUUGGAGGCGAAUGUACUCUCAUGUGUUGCCAGUUGAGGCCAAUAUGCUGGGAGGGGAGGUUGCGAUGUGGAGUGAAUACGUUGACUCUCAGGCUUUGGAUACACGAGUCUGGCCACGCGCAGCCGCUGUAGCUGAGAGGCUCUGGUCCAAUCCUAGCUCCAGCGCCAACAUUGCGGAGCCAAGGCUUCAAAGGUUAAGAUCCAGGUUGGCCGCAAGAGGAAUACCUUCGGAUGUUCUCUCACCAGGCUGGUGUGCGCAGCAUGAUUCUCGGUGUUUAUAG